AUGACUCCUCCUGCUCCAACCCGAGGAGUUAAUAGGUUUCUUUGGCGCAAUGGGGCCGGUCAUUUUGUUCCUAAGUUCUCUACCAAGGCAACAUGGCACUCAAUCCGUGAGACAGCUCCGAUAGUCGAAUGGUAUUCUAUGGUCUGGUUCAAGGAGGAGAUACCGAGAUGUUCUUUUGUUACAUGGAUGGCAAUACUAUCAAGACUCCCUACAAAGGACAGGCUAGCUUCUUGGGGUCUUUCUGUUCCUUUGCAGUGUGUGCUUUGCUCGGCAGGACAAGAGUCCCAUCAACACUUGUUCUUCCAAUGCUCAUUCGUAUCAAGGGUCUGGGGCCACUUCUGUGGACAAUCCAUCCCUUCUGCCCCGUCAUCCUUUCUUGAGGUUGCUGGUUUAUUAUCAAAUCAUCAGGUCGCUUCUUCUUCAGUUCUAUCAGGCGUUAUCAAGUUGUUGCUGCAGUGCAUCGUCUACUGCGUAUGGCGUGAAAAAAAUAUGCGCAUCUUCCAGCAAACAUCUACUACCGAAGCCGGGAUCUAUUCACGUGUCGAUCGCCUGAUGCGUGAUCGACUCAUCUCCAUUCCACCUUCUACCCCGUUGUCGCCGUCUCCUAUGCUCGUCUACUUCCGCCUGCCACCUCCUGAUCCGUAA